GCGAGACUAUGUGCGUGUCGUGGUCAAGUCCAUUUACAUAUCACGCCCAUGGCUAUCGACGGUUUGAUUAUCUUAGAUCCAACGGGACGUCCCAUCAUCCAAUCCAGUUACACCACUUAUCCCGCAGCGUACCCCUUACUGCACAUCGAAGCGUUAAACAACGCGCUAGCAAAGGCUCCCCGCGAGGGUAGUGUAGACCCCGUUAUCUACGUUGGAGAGUUAUCGUGUUCGAGUGCAUGCUGCCAUGUCGAGGUUGGCGGGAUGAGAUUCCUUGCGACCAUCAGUGGAGACGUGGAUCCUCUCAUUGCAUUCGCCUUUCUCGACGCCUUCACUGAAAUACUCCAAGACUAUUUUGGCGUAGUCAGCGUUGCAACUCUCAAGGAUAACUUUGACAUCGUAUAUCAGCUUCUCGAGGAAACCCUUGAUUCGUCUGGCCAUCCACUGACAACCUCACCGAACUUGUUGAGCGAUAUAGUACUCUCGCCUUCCUUAAUCUCGAAGCUUCUUGCCUCGGUAUCAGCUACUCCCGGAGUUCCAAGCGUGAGACAAGGAGGUUCUUUCGGUUCAAAUGGUGCCAGUGGAGCUUUUACAUCGCCGAUACCAUGGCGCAAAGCUGGGGUUCGGCACAACCACAACGAGAUCCUUUUUGAUGUCGUUGAAGAAAUGCGAGGCAUCGUCGGCAAGAAUGGCACGACGUUAGCGAGCAACGUUUUCGGCAAAAUCGAGAGCAACUCAAAACUUUCCGGGACACCCGACUUGACGUUGACAUUCACGAAUCCUAAUGUGAUGGCGGACUGCGCAUUUCAUCCAUGUGUACGGUUACAAAAAUGGACCCGCGACAAUGCCUUAUCUUUUGUACCUCCUGAGGGGCGAUUCAUUCUCGCAGACUAUCAGUAUAGACCACCACAAAGUGCGGUUGUCAGCAAUGUGCCCAUACCACUGUCUCUCAAAGCGAAUAUGGACAUGGGGGAGUUUGGCGGAACAUUCGCACUCACGUUGACCUCCCGUUUGAUUAAAGUGAUGGAGAAUCUAGAACUGAAAUUCUAUCUCGGAGAAGAUGCGACUAGUGCGCAGUGUACACUGUCAAGUGCGGGUUCUAGCGUAGGAUCUGUGGGAAGCGCAGAUGGAUCAUGGUCAUUUAAUUCGAGAACAAAGACGCUCCAAUGGGAGAUUCUUAAUAUGCGGUCUUCGGGGAGCUGGAUUCUUCGAGGUUCAUGGACGUCAAAAAUCAAGGCCCCGCGUCCAGCACACGCGUUCCAAAUACGUUUCGAGAUACCUUCCUACAGCUUUUCUUCGCUCAAGGUCGAUCAGUUACGGCUCUCAAGCGAGACGUACAAGAUGUACAAGGGAGUGCGGAUGCGCAGUAAAGGGUCGAUCGAGUGGAGAUGGUAGCCAGCUUAGGACCCUGACUAAUUUGUAUAUUCCAAGAGUUGCACCGUGCAGACUUAGUCCUCUGAGAGCUGGCACAAUUACUUUUGUGAUGAGUUGCUUUGUUCACAGUAGUAAGUUCUCGGACACUUGCAUAUGUACAUCUCCAGCAUUGCAAUGAUAAUAUUGGGGCGGAC